UAACGGAGAUCUAUAGAUCGUCACUGGGUUGCCGGGUCAUAUACAUAAUUUUUGAGUUAUCCAGAGUUAUCUGAAUCCUUUUCUUCGGGGACGAUGCCAUUUCAAUUUACCUAGUAUUUUAUUAAAACUGUGCACUGGUUCUUCUACAAGUGUUGAUAGUUUGUGAACUUUAGUGGAUCUUUGUGAAAAACUCAUGGAGACAUCCGUGAUGGCUGCUCAAUCCUCUUCCCAAACUCAAACGGAGACUGUCCUGGAAGGGGACGUCAUCGAUGGAACUCAGGAUGUACCUACCGUACGACUACGUUUACGAAAACCAAAAUCGAGUAAAAAAGUUCAAUGGACUCAGGGUACGGUAGACAAUGAGCAUAUGAAUAAAAAGAAGUCCAAAUGCUGUUGCAUUUAUGAGAAGCCAAAGAGCUUUGGAGAGAGCAGUUCAGAAGAUAGCGACGACGAGUGUGAACAUUGUCAUGGAAGUAAGGACAUCCAUAAGAAACCUUCGCCUAAUAGUGAUGAACCGUCCCAAGAUGAAAUUGCACCUCAACCAGAACCGGUAGUCACGGAUUCAACAUAAGUCGCUCGCUUUUCUUUUUCUUGUACGGUUAUUCAAAAAGGAAAUGUUAACGUAAGCUAUUGCAAAACUUCCUCUAACUAUACAAUAAAUAACGCCCGUGUCCUAAUAGUUAUCGAUGAAAAUUUUAAGCAGAUAUACUCCAAACGUGUGUAUAUUUAUAUUUAUUUAUGAUCCAUGUACGUUUUGAGUUAUGCUAAUACAGUAAACUUGUAUGGGUUAUAUGUAUAAUCUGUACGACGUUAUUUUCAAUAUUAAUUUUCUGCAUUUUCAUCCAUGAAUAUUAUACACUUCGACGUAUGAUACUUAAUCGUUUUAUGAUAAAAAAAAUAUAUCAUAAGAAAUAAUUAUUCAAAUACUAAUUAUUAGAACGUCACUGGACCAUCGUCAAUGAUGAAUCCCACGUUAUAGGCUGUUAUGAAUUUAUUCCUGUAACUUGUAAGGUAGCACUUCACUAAUUAGAAUGGUCCGUUAAAUAUGGAGGCUGCAUGUUAUCUUAAGAUAUAUAAAGUAUAUAAAAAAAUUUACUGUUAAUUUUGACUAUUCGAGCCUUGUGGUGGCUCGAAUGAAAGUGGGAAUAUUUAUGAGUCGUUCUUCUAUUGGAAUAAAUAUUUUUAUAGAUAUUAAUCAAAAUAAUGAGGGUCUCUUUGCAAAAGAUUCCACUCGCGAAAAGAUUUUGUUGCCAUUGCUGUAACGAUACUAUGGAAAAUGUUUUAAUAGUCAUCAUAUCACGGUUGUAAUUGUACAUUCAUUACAAUAAAAUGACGUAUGUUUCUCUAUUUUA